ACAGACAUACACACACACACACAUAGACAUACACAGGCACCCAGGCAUUCGGAGCAGUCAGAGAGUCAGAGAGACAGUGAGAGAGAGAGAGAGAGAGAGAGGAAAGCACAUCUCGGGCUCAGACUCAUGGAGACGAUGGCUGCCAUGCUGGGGAGCUGCGGGGAGGACACGCCGGCCGCUCUGGCGCGCCUGGAGCGGACCAUGAUGGCGGUGGUGCGCGAGAUCCACGUGGACGUGGGCUCCUUCAAGCGCGCGGUGGAGCGGCGCGUGGACGAGGCCUGCGACGUCAGCGGGCCGCUGCGCGAGGCCGUCGCCCAGCUCCAGCAGGAGAACCGGGAGCUGCGGGCGCGCCUGGACGAGCUGGCGCGGCGGGCCGACGAGGUGCCCGUGCUGCGCGCCCGGCUGGACGAGCUCACGCAGCAGGUGGAGGCCAUGCCGGUCCUGCGCAUCGAGCAGAAGGUCCCCAAGUCCGGCGACGGCCAGUACUCCUCGGCCACGCGCUCCUUCUCCUCCCAGCACACCGAGGAGAGCCACCGCAGCGUCGCCACCCACUCCGAGGCCUCCAGGAGCUCCGUGUCAGUGGCGCACUACCCUCCGAUGAGCACGGGCGCAGCUGAGCCUCAGCCUCCGGUCUCCGAUUUUACGUCUAGCCCCGGCCAAGACUCGGCACCUGAUGUCUCAAGCUUCAGCCCUCCUGCUUCAGUCUCCUUUUCGACCGCCGGUUCCGUCUUCAGCUCGACUUCUGGCUCUGUCCAUCAGUCUGCGGCUAGUUCGGUCCACGAUUCUUCUGCUGGUUCUUUCUCCGAUUCGACUGUUGGCUCUCUUCACGUUUCAUCAACUGCUGGUCUUGUUCACUCCUCGACCGUUGAAUCUAUCUUUGAGUCCAGAAGCACGGCUGGUGCUGUCCAAGAUCCGACGCCUGGUACCCCACCCGAGUCCACCCCUGGUUUUCUCUAUGAUGCCACCUCUGGAUCUACUCAUGAAGCUACGUCUGGUUCUGUUUAUACCUCCUCUGCUGGCUUUGGUUCUGAUUCGACCCAUGAUUUGGACAGCAGCUCUCUCUCAACCUGCUCAUUUGCUACACAGCAGGCCUUCGUCUCCAGCGCAGACACCAGCGUCUACCCAGAGUCAAAUGGAGAUAUCCAUGAUGAAACAAACAUGGAGCCCAUUUCCCAGAAUGGACACGAGGGAGACAUAGGUCACUUACAGGCCUUACCAGAGGCUCAUUUUGCGAGGUCAAAGAUGAACGGACAGCAUGGAACCGUGACAAGCCUGUCCACGUCUGUCACAGCCACUAGCAGAGCCGCAGAACUGGCCGUGACCAGGAGCCCCAAACUGGUGCCCCGACCGAGCAUCUUCACGCCUCAGUCGCCCAACUCAAUGUUCCGGAAGCCGUUCAGCCCAACAGCACCUGACACCGCCAUGACUUCUGAGUCCCCGACGAAACCUCCAUCCCCCAACUCAGUGCCCUGGAAACCAUUCAACCCCUCCGCGUCUGAUGCUGGGGGUCCCACUCCCAGAACAAUUCCUGAGUCUCCUACUAAGACUGCAAAACCAUGGAGCCCAGGCCUGAUGAAGAGGAGCUCGGCUUUGCCAAAAUUGCCAGACAAACCCUCACCAAUACUCUCCAAUGCUCCUGCUUCUUUGUCCAGCUUCAGCCCAUCAACAGAGAAAAGGAGGACUGAUUUUGGUGGAGGAAACCCUUUUGCAAUUGCUCCAGAGAAGAAGCCUGAACUGCUGCGAUCUCAUACUCUGCCAAAUCUGCCAACAAUGCGGCACCUGGCACCCCAAGCCAAGCAAACCAUCCUUGAGAAGUCAGAGGCUGCCCUAAAUAAACUGGCGAAAACCCAUGUAAGCACGAAACCCAAACUAAACCGCUCCCAGAGCUUUGGAAAUAGUGCCAGCAGUAUAAAGCUGACUUUACUGGACUGGUGUCGAUCCAAAACGAUUGGGUACAAGCACAUAGACAUGCAGAACUUCUCAAAUAGUUGGAGCGAUGGGAUGGCCUUCUGUGCACUGGUGCACUCAUUCUUCCCCACCGAGUUUGAGUACGAGUCCCUGAGCCCAAAUAACCCCAGGAAGAACUUGCAGCUGGCUUUCAGUCUGGCAGAGAAAUUGGCUGACUGUUGGCGCCUUAUCGAGGUAGACGACAUGCUUGCCAUGGGGUCCAAGCCUGAUCCCAUGUGUAUUUUUACCUACGUGCAGUCCUUGUACAACCAUUUGAGAACCUAUGAAUGAGAUUCCUCAGAGUGUCAGUUGUACUUCCUUCAGCAUUAAUCUCUGUGUUUUCCUUCACCAAAGUCCUGUCAGUUGAUCCUUGCAAGUGCAAUUUCUAAAAGAAAAAAGGAUAACUGUGUUAAAAGGAAACAAGUGUUUAACAAAUGGCAAUGUAAAAGCCUAUAGUUGGUGUUAUUUUUAAUGGCAAUAGUUGUAUUUGAUAUAACAACUGUAUUUUCUGUCUUUUCAAAACAACUAGCUGGAAAGCUCUGAUAACAAAUAUCAGCACCGAUAUCUAUGAUAGCAGGUGAUAAAAUGAGGAAGUACAGAUAGAAGUAAAGCUGGUGAGGGCAGAGGUAACCAUGGUGAGAUUACGUGGAUAAUUGCGAUGAUGAACAGGACAGGUCGAUAAAGAGAAUGGGAAUGUGACCGUGGAGGACUAAGGGAUGUGGACUGUAUUAGACUGUGCAGUUCAGUGGAUGUGCAUUAUUGUAGUCACUGCUGCAAAGGCAUGACUGGGUUUUAAUAAGCUCCUUAAUAAUGUUUAGUGCUUGUUGUGAUGAUAAUGUACUGUUUUGCCAAACCCACAUUUCCCAAAAUAAAGCACUGAACAGUAAAA